AUGAAACCAUUUAGUAUGGACGAUAUUCGUGAUUCAAAUUAUUCACAGUUACAAGGAAAGUGCUUAGAGUCAGAUGCAACUAUACAUUGUUCUCCUAACUAUGAUGCAUUGGUUCAGAAGAAAAAAUUCAACGAUCCAUUCCUACCUAAUCACUUAAACAAAAAUACAAUAUAUGGAAUCAUAACAAAAACUAAAAUGUCUGCUGGCGAUGUAAUUUUUCCAAAUAAAUUAUUUUGUAAAAAUUAUGUUGAAGACAAAAAAGAGACAGAUUUAUAUAAAAUUUCUCAUCAUACGUAUGGAAUUGGUGAACAGUUAAAUCGAAAGUAUACAAAAAGUUUUGAUCCAGAUUAUCGGUAUGGUAAAUCUUUAAAACGGUUACCAGCGGGUGUGUGGUUUGAAAACAAUGUUCAAACUAAAUCGUCAAAUGAAAAUAAAAAUAUGCUCUCUGAUUAUAUUAAUAAAUUAUUAGAAAGUAAAGAGAACACACAGUGCCGGUAUCCGUAUAUUGACAACCGGCAAGGAAAAUUCAUAGGCAGAUCGUAUUUAAGAGCACAAGACAUUUUAACCGGAAAUGAACCAGACAAAAAAGGGUUUGAGCGUAUCGAUUAUUCAUCGUCAGUCAGUAGAUUAAAAAAUUAUAUCAAAGAAAAAAAAUACGAUUUAAGGGAAUUGCAUGAAACGUUCAAACUGUUUGAUAAGGAAUGCACAGGAUGGCUGCCACUGGAACAAGUGUAUAAAAUCUGUUACUAUCAUAAAAUCAAGCCUGAGAAAAAAAUGUUCGAUCUUGCCUUAUAUUCUAUUAAUGCUAUAAGUAACAACAAUGUCAGUUAUAAUUUAUUUCUGGAUUUGCUCGACCCAAAUGUAAAGUUUUCGACGGUUUUAAACAAUGAUGGUCAUACAAAUAUCGACAGAUUCAUUCCGAUAUAUAAAAGCGAUUAUGGAAACACAUUGUCUCGUAGCAUUCAAUUAAAUAAAAACCUUAACGUUUAUACAUCUGUUAAACCAAAACUUUUAAUUUAUCUGGAUUGUUUUGGGUCUGAAACAAACGUAAAAACAUUACUGAAUCCGACAAUAUUUUCAAACUAUGGAUUAACCUACAGAGACUUUUACAUAGGACGUACUAAAGAUGUAAUGAAAAAACUAUUCCAAGACAUUGGAGUGAAAUUACCAGAUGAUAUUUUCAAUAUUACCUGGGAUAAUGCGUAUCAAUGUGAUGGCAUCGACGACAAAGUAAGCGUAGAAGUUUUUAGACAGGCUUUACAAGAACUGGCCAACAGAAUGAUCGACCUAAAUGAUAACAAAUAG